AUGAACGACUCGGGCACAAACACCACCCUGGCACCGGCUCUGCUUUAUUUAAACUCCACCAUCCUGAACGUCAGCUCUUAUCUAAACAGCAGCCUUCUGCUCGUCACUAACGCCAUGGCGUCAGCUACGUCGACCGUCACUCAGCCACGUCCACAGACUAACGCCACUUUUACAACUUUAACCACGACUGCCGCGGGAUCGCCGGCGUCCAUUAACGUGCCCUACAUGGUGGCGGAGCUGGUCAUCGCCUUCCUGUCCACUGUGGGGAACCUGCUGGUGUGCGUCGCCGUGGGGUUUAACCAUAAACUGCACACGGUCACUAAUUAUUUCCUGGUGUCGUUGGCAGUGGCAGACGUGUGCGUGGGGGCGCUGGCUAUCCCCUGCGCCAUCAUGACCGACCUGGGCAUCCCGCGCCACAACCUGUACCUGUGCCUGCUCAUGUUGUCGGUGCUCAUCAUGCUGACUCAGAGCUCCAUCUUCAGCCUGCUAGCCGUGGCUGUCGAGCGCUACGUGGCCAUCUUCAUGCCCUUCCGCUACCACAGCACCAUGACACCACGCAACGCGCUGCUCGUCAUCCUGCUUACGUGGGUUCUGGCCUUCCUCAUUGGCCUGGUUCCGCUCAUGGGCUGGCACAAGACUCAGUCCCCCAGCAGCGACUUUUGCUUCUUUGUCAACGUGGUGGACAUGACCUACAUGGUGUACUUCAACUUCUUCGCCUGCGUGCUGACGCCGCUCGUCGUCAUGUUCCUGAUCUAUGCGCAGAUCUUCCUCACGGUCAAGCGGCAGAUGCGCAGGAUCGCGGCGGACAGAGGAGGCCAGGCCAGCGUCGAGGGAGCCGCCAACAUCAAGAAGGAGAUGAAAACGGCCACGUCGCUCUUCCUCGUGCUCUUUCUCUUCACCGUCUGCUGGAUUCCUCUUCAUAUCAUCAACUGCUUCCUGCUGCUGUGCCCCUCGUGCACCGUGCCCCUGCCUCUCCUUCUCACCACCAUCAUCUUGUCUCACGCCAACUCGGCGGUCAACCCUUUCCUCUACGCCUAUAAGAUGAGGUCGUUCAGGGAGGCCUUCAAAGGUAUUUUCCUGUGCUUCAAAGUCAGCGCCGAGAAACGGGAUCGCCAUGGCGAUGGAUGUGUAGCUACCAUACAAAAAUCCUGA